AUGUUCGGCUCCGCGGGACCAUGCGAGGCCGAGUGCCGUGAGGAGCAGAAGACCCGAGUGGUUCCUCAGAUCCGCCGAUUCAGUGUUCAAUUGCCGGAACCAAGCCGCAAUGACUUGUCUCGAGGACAGAUGCCGAUUUUGGGGGAUGACCUUGAUCUGGAGGAUCCUCUGAUGCUGGAAUACGCUGAGAUGGAGGAUAGCCGAGGUAAGCAAUUAUGA